AUGUCAAGAAAUCUCAAUAACAAUUCAGUUAACAAUGCUUUUGGUGAAGAACCUUCUGUGGGAAGCCCACCAAGAAAUACCAAUGAUAUAAGGACGAUAAUGUUGCAACACUCACAGGGAACAGUGAGCAAUCAAAGAUCACUAGCACCAAAGAGAGCUCGGUUGAAUCUUGAAGGUGAUUCGUCGGGUAGAACUCGUAACAUCCAUGAUGUGUACGAGAAACUUGAUACCAUGAAUGGUGUCUUAAACACUGUUUUGAAGAACACAUCUUCCGAGAAAGCCGAAGCCACUGCUAGUAAUGCAGUUGAGCAAGACAUGUCGCUUGGACGUCAACCAACAUUGGAUAAAGUUGCAAGAAAAAAAACAGGAGAAAAGAAGCAGGAAGAGAAUCGAUGGGCCUGUCUUUGUCAGCGACGUUCGUGUGAAAGAAGACGAUCUGCCUUGAAAGCCAAUUGGACACACUUUGUGAACAGCUUUGGAGAGAAUUUUGACAGUAUUCUCCAUGCUGAUUACAUGUCAGACCUUGAGAGUGAUGACAAAAGAGAAGAAGAGGAACAGGAUUCGUUCUCAGAAAAGAGUUUUUUUUGGAAAUUCCACCCAAGCUGGAGAAGCAAAGAGGGAGAUAGGUUUGUUGAUGAACUUGAUGCGGAUUAUGAGGCAGCUCAUGAUAAGAAAAAUAAUACCCAUCCAUUCGAGCAUAAAUUUAAAGGGAUAAGAGAUAAGCAGCUUAGCAAGACCAAGGCAAACAAGCUGCCAUCAUGGUCAAAGAAACAAUAA